AAUGGGCCAGACGUCCUCGCGUGUAGAACCUACCCCAUUGCCCAAGUCUGGAUGCCCUGUUCCCCACGACACACUCGCCACCUCCCCUGCAGCACCAGCAACACCAGCAACACCAGCUAAGUGCCCCAUCGACCACACCAAGCCAGCACAAUGCCCCGUCGAGCACUCCUCCCCCUCUUCCUCAAGCUCGCAGCCAGCCCAGUGCCCCGUCGACCACGACGCGCUCAGCCCCCUCAACCAAAUGCCCACUCUUGCCCAGACGCCUGCAAAGCAUCAGACAGUGGACCUACCCCGGGAGCGGACAGAGUCGUCCAUCCCGCGGGACGGGUCGGCGAAGUGGGAAUAUCCUUCACCGCAGCAGUUUUAUAAUGCCCUGGUGCGCAAGGGUUGGGAGACACCGGAGGAACACGUUGUGACGAUGGUGGAGAUACAUAAUUUCUUGAACGAGGAGGCUUGGGAGGAGGUGAAGAAGUGGGAGCGGAGGCAUAAUUGUGAUGAUAGUUUGCAUCUGGCGCGGUUCAAGGGACGGCCAGGCGAGAUGUCCCCCAAGGCACGUCUGUACAUGUUCGCCGGCUGGCUUCUUCCCUCUCGAUUCAGUACCGAGCCACCCUUUGACCGCCACGACUGGGUCAUCCGGCGCAAGACGGGCGAGGAAGUGCGCUACGUCAUUGACUACUACUCCGCCCCUCCCGAGCCCGACGGCUCUCCCGUCUUCUCCCUCGACGUCCGGCCGGCGCUUGAUAGCUUCGGGAGCUUGAAAGACCGCAUAGCGGUUGCGACGGAGGACGUGUGGACGCAGUUCAGGGAAAAUGGAAAGAAGUCUUCCGGGUCGGGUUCAGGUUCAUCGUA